AUGUUGACUCAGCAAUUAGUUACCCAAAUUGCUGCGAUAGUAGCAAAAACAAGAAAAACCACUCUAACUACAACGGCAGCAACAACAACUACAACUACACGCACUACAACCGCAACAACAACAACGAGGAACACCACCACCACAAAAACAGCAACAACAACUACAACUACACGCACUACAACCGCAACAACAACAACGAGGAACACCACCACCACAAAAACAGCAACAACAACAACGACAAGCACAACCACCACCACAACGACAAGCACAACUACCACCACAACAACAAGCACAAUUACCAUCACAACAACAAGCACAACUACCACCACCACAACAACAACAACAACGAUGAACACAACAAAACAAACAACGACAACAACAAUAACAAUAACAACAACAACAACAACAACAACAACUUCAACAACAACAACAAUAACAACAACGAUGAACACAACAAAACAAACAACAACAACAAUAGCAACAACAACAACACCAAUAACAACAACAACAACAACAACAACAACAACAACAACAACAACAACAACAACGAUGAACACAACAAAACAAACAACAACAACAACAACAACAACGAUGAACACAACAAAACAAACAACAACAACAACAACGAUGAACACAACAAAACAAACAACGACAACAACAAUAACAAGAACAACAACAACAACGAUGAACACAACAAUAGCAACAACAACAACACCAAUAACAACAACAACAACACCAAUAACAACAACAACAACAACAACGAUGAACAUAACAAAACAAACAACAACAACAACAAUAACAACAACGACGAUGAACACGACAACAACAACAAUAACAACAACGACGAUGAACACGACAACAACAACAAUAACAACAACGACGAUGAACACGACAACAACAACAA